AUGGCGCAGAACGUCAGAGACUCGGAUGAGUUUCCAGCUGGAUACGGUGACUUUGCUCUCGUAUCUAGUGAUGGCGUUCGCUUUUAUAUCCAACGCCUCUUCCUCUUCUAUGUCUCACCCGUCUUCAAAGACAUGUUUGGGACCGGGGAGGACCCAUCCGAGCUUGUACUCACAGAAGAUGCAGACACUUUGGACCGACUUCUGCGCUUUAUCGAUCCUAUUAAAGAUCCUCUCCCAGUAGACUCGAAAUCCAUCGUCAGGCUCCUCGAGGCAGCUACAAAAUACCGGGUUUCAAAGGCGUUGAGAUGGUGGGAGAACGAGGUUUUACGUGAGGGAUCUAAAAUGGAGCAACCAAUAAUCGCUUUUUCCCUAGCGACUCGUUACAAUCUUCCCAAUGCUGCUCGAAAGGCUCUUCAGCUACUAGUAACCGCUGAUGAUAGCAUCUUCACCAAUGAUCAUCAGCUUGAUCCCAGACUGAUUGCUUACUUAACCCGCUUGCGCACAGAGCGCAGUCACUGGUUGCGUGAUGGACUAUGGACACUCUACGUAGCGGCAGGCAAAUCAUAUACCAAGUGGGAUCGCACUGAAGUUACGGCAACGGUGAAGUGGGCUAUGGAUGCAGCAGACAAGGAACCGAACUGGGGCCUCAGAGGAGAUAUACCGGAGCCUGACUAUGAACGUCUUCAACGAGACGCCUUGGAAUUGGAAGCAUCACUGCCAGAAUUACCAGAAUGGUGGAACCUGAAUGCAUAG